CAGUCCCAUACGUCUCUCACAUCCCAACACUGAUCUCUCUCUCUGCUCCUUCCAUUUGUUCAUCUUCCGAAACCCAGAACCACCGUGAAAGAACCAGAACAGAAACCAACAACCCAACACAACAAUGAAGAUAAUGGUGGCGAUAAAGCGAGUCAUUGACUACGCCGUCAAGAUCAGAGUCAAACCCGACAAGACAGGCGUUGAGACCACAAACGUGAAGAUGUCGAUGAACCCAUUCUGCGAAAUAGCUCUUGAAGAGGCGCUUCGAAUCAGAGAGUUGGGUCUGGCCUCGGAGGUCAUUGCUGUCAGCAUGGGUCCUCAACAGUGCGUCGAUACUCUCCGAACUGGACUCGCCAUGGGAGCUGAUAGGGGGAUUCAUGUCGAUACCAGAGAUACCCUUUUUCCGCUUUCAGUUGCGAAGCUUCUUAGAGCACUGAUUGAUGUUGAAAAGCCCCAACUUCUUAUUCUUGGAAAACAGGCCAUUGAUGAUGAUUGCAAUCAAACUGGCCAAAUGUUGGCAGGGCUUCUUAACUGGCCACAAGGGACCUUUGCUUCCAAGGUUGUGCUCGACAAACAAAAACAAAUAAUAACAGUGGACAGAGAGGUAGAUGGUGGCCUGGAGACCUUGUGCUUAGACUUGCCUGCAAUUAUCACUACUGAUCUGAGACUAAACCAGCCAAGGUAUGCAACACUCCCCAACAUAAUGAAAGCAAAAUCUAAGGUCAUUAAAAAAUUUACUCCGGAGGAGUUGAAUGUGAAAAUCAAAUCCGACUUGGAGAUUGUUCAAGUUACUGAACCGCCUAAGAGAAAAGCAGGGCUUAUCGUUUCUUCUGUGGACGAGUUGGUUGACAAGCUUAAAAAUGAAGCUCGUGUCAUAUGAUUUUAUGCUUGAAUCUCGCUACUUAUCAAUUUUGUUCAAUGAAAUGUUAAAUGGCUGCAAUUGAAAUUUGUAGCCUUGCAAGUAUAUGACCGAUCAUAUACUUGAGGACAAAGAUCUGUCGGAAUAGGUUAAGCAGAAAAUGAAGGACUUGGACAAAAUGGUUUGAUAUCUUUUGUCAAAAUAUCGCUUUUCUUAAAGCUGAUUUCAAAGACGGGAGUGAAGUGAAGGGAGAAGAUUGAAAAUUAGUUACUUUUUUUUUUUAUGCGUGUCCGUUCAUUUCUCUGAACUGGUACUAGGUUGGUGCCCCCCUGGCGCCCUUUUUAAUAAAUUUUACCUACCAAAUAAAAAAAGAAAAGAGAAGCAUAUGACUGAUCGAUAUAUAAAAUUUUACAUAAAGCUUUCUAAUUAUUUCACCGUGGACA